CUAGGCUGGCCCUCCAAUCCCGGAGGGAGGGAGGGAGGAGGAGUUUAACCUCUCUUUUAUAAAGGAACUUCUGCCCGCCCUCCCGUUGAGAAAUUUCUGCUCCUAGGUGUCCAGGGCACCCUAUCUGCAGCUCGCUGUUGUGGGCUUGGAGCUUGUUUUCCGCCCCCUCUGCCCAUGGCUUCGGUGACCAGGAGUGUGUUUGGAAACCUGCCCGAUGGAGCAGGGACUGUAGAGAAGUUCCAGCUGCAGUCAGAUCUGCUGAGGGUGGAGAUUAUUUCCCUGGGCUGCAUCAUCACCGCUUUGGAGGUGAAAGACAGGGAUGGGAAAUUCUCAGAUGUGGUGCUGGGCUUUUCGGAGCUCGAAGGGUAUCUCAAAAAGCAUCCAUACUUUGGAGCAGUAGUUGGACGAGUGGCUAACCGAAUUGCCAAAGGGACAUUCGCUAUAGAUGGGAAGGAAUACAAGUUGGCCAUUAACAAAGAACCUAAUAGUCUACAUGGAGGACUUAAAGGAUUUGACAAGGUCCUUUGGACCCCUCAGGUGUUACCAAAUGGCAUUCAGUUCUCCCGGAUCAGUCCAGAUGGUGAGGAAGGCUACCCUGGCGAGUUGAAAGUUUGGGUCACGUACACACUCGAUGGGGGGCAGUUAACAGUGAAUUACAAAGCCCAGACCAGCAGCACCACGCCUGUCAACAUGACCAACCACUCUUUCUUCAAUCUGGCAGGCCAGGGUUCUCCAAAUAUAUAUGAUCAUGAAAUCUGUAUAGAUGCUGAAGCUUAUUUGCCUGUGGAUGAUACUCUGAUCCCAACUGGAAAAGUGGAAUCUGUGCAGGGGACUGCAUUUGACCUGAGAAAGCCCAUGGUACUUGGAAAGCACUUUGAAAAGUUCCAGAUCAGUGGUUUUGACCAUAACUUCUGUCUGAAGGAUUCACAAGAGAAGCAUUUUUGUGCAAGGGUCCGUCAUCCUCCUACUGGACGGACACUAGAAGUAUAUACAACUCAACCCGGGGUUCAGCUUUACACGGCCAAUUUCCUGGAUGGAACACUGAAGGGAAAGGGGGGUGCUGUGUACCCCAAACACUCAGGCUUUUGCCUUGAGACCCAGAACUGGCCAGAUGCAGUCAAUAAGCCACAUUUUCCUCGUGUACUGCUCCAGCCAGGUGAAGAGUAUAACCACACUACUUGGUUCAGUUUUUCUGUGGCAUAAGGAGGUUCACACUGGCCCUACUGGAUGAACAGCAUAUAGCUCAAUAUAAUGGAGAUAUCGCAAAAGCCUCUUUGGCGACCCAGGUUUCCCCUUCAUAAAAGGGGAUAUAUAUGUUUCAAGGAGCUCAAAGUAAUCAAAUGGGUUGAAGUAAUCAAAAUGAUAGCUGUUAGGUUAAUUAGUCAGAUUCUUAAUACUGGUGAUCUAAAAUAACUGAACUCCAGGCUGUGCUUAAAGGACAGCUCUGGAGCCUGUGCUAAUGAAGGCAGCAAGCAAUACCAUUCACUGUGAUCCAAGAUCUCUCCCCCUAGACUAGGUAAAAUAACUGGGGACCAUUUAAAUCUCGACUUUACAUUUUUCUUCUUUCCCUCUUUUUUUUUUUAAUCCCUUUCUCCCCAUGCCUAAACUUUGAGUAAAGAGUUUCUGACUCCUUUCUUGGCUAUUACAUCCUUAUCCCAGUUUACCUUCAUAAAAAUUGCUCCCAAGUCACCAAGAGAUCCAAACUAGGGACAUUAGGUACUCGUAUUUCAUAUUAUCUGCCUAUAAGAUGGUAGGAUAAUUGGUUUAACCCAUCUCUAAGGUCAGCAAAACUGUAAUAUCUUCCUCAUUUUGGUAAGAGUGAAAUAGACUAAACUAAAAGCUUCAUGGAGUUGAUCUGUUGGGAGUAGAGUUGAGUAUUGGAUACCAAUUCUACGUCUAGCUGCCAGAAACUUUUAUUUUCUAGAAUAACAGAAUUGCCAGUAUUGUGUUGAUGUUGUAUUGUGUUGAUGAUCUUUAGAAUAACAGAAAUGCCAGAUGACUUUGUUAUGCACUCAUGCCCAUUCUGAAUAAAACAAAAUUUUGCAGGUUGAAAA